AUGCGUGUUCUCGUCAAAGACACGGAACUAAUACCACAUCGGCAACUUCAAGAUGAGCCAAGCAAGCAAAAAGAUGACGGAAUGGAUAUUGAUAGUGAAGAAUCGGCAUUAAGUGAUGAUGUUGAUAUUAGUGAUAUUGAUGACAGUGUUGAAGGAGAGGACAGUUGGGAUGAUGAAGUAUUGUGUGAGGAGACAAAUGGGCAUACAACAACAAUUACAUCAGAAGACCAAAAGAAGAAUGGA